AUGUCACUGAAUCGACGACUACAAUCCAUUUUUCUGAUCAGUGUGAUCAUAAUUUCGGAGUGUGUUUUAUCAGUGACUUCUGACACCCUCUCCGAGAUCCCCAUGCCAAAGGGUGCAUCAUGUCCGCAGUCAAUCCUCCGCCCGUCACUUUUAUUCUACCUGACGCCCGUCUUCAUUGCCUUCUUGAUUUUCAACAAGAACAUCACUUCCGAUAUUCGUCAUAUGUAUGGGAACUAA